AUGGCAGAGAUCUCCGUUCCCUCCUUCCGGGCCAUCGACCUCGACCUCGACCGUACGGACGGAUACUUCGUGCACACCUUUCACUUUUCCAAGGACGAUGCGGUCCCGGGCGUUGUCGUUCGGUGGAGGUUCGGGAUGGACUCGGGCGACGUCGCCAUCCUAGACAACCCCCUGGCCACGAACCCCAAGGCCAGUGUAUGCGAUGCAUGGACCAAGCAGGUGGUCGCGACCCUGCCCAAGCCCACGGCAAUCGUCUCCAUGGACAUCACCGGCAAUGGGUGGACCGACCUGGUGGUCUCAUACCAGCUGGGUGCCAGCAUGCUGGGCUGCGAUCCCGACGGCGGCCACAUCGUCUGGCUGGAGAACCCCGGCCGGGAUGGGCUUGGCAAGCAGGACCCGUGGAAGGCGCACUAUAUCGGUAGGUGGCCGGCGAUGCACCGGUUGACCAUGGGGAGGUUCACGCAGAAGGAUCACGAUGAAGUGAUUGCCGCCUCGGUGGUCUGUGGGCCGCACAAUAAGGCGCAGGCGGUGCCGAUUUUGUUGUUCAGCCCCCCAGGCGAUGUGGAGAAUGCCGGUGACGGUCCCGAUGGCCGCGAUUCCUUCUAUGUAGCCUCCCGCGAGGGCCUCUCGCGGCUCUACUACGACGAUGAUGACAAGAAGUGGCAGCACGAGAAGAUCGGCGCCGGGCUGCCCAAGGAUCCCUCGCAGGACCCCAACAGCGAGACGCCCGGCAUGGGCGAUUUCUGGGGCACGGGCGGCGCGGAUACAGGCCGCAUCGCCGACGACCCAUGCGCCUACAUUGCCUCGGUGGAGCCCUUCCACGGGUUCCGGGUCUCGGUGUACGUCAAGGACGGUGGUGCCCACGCAGGGCCGCAGCAGCAACAAGCGUGGACGCGACAUGUCUUGGACAGCUACGGCACCCCGACGCAGCAGACCAAGACGGGCGCGGGACCGGUUCAUUAUGUUGUUUGUGGCGAUUUCGAUGGCGAUGGAGACGACGAGUUCCUGGUGUCGAUGUUUGGACCGAUUGAUCGUGAUUCGUGUGGCAAUUCGGCUCCGGGCGUGGGAGGAUACCAUCCUUUCAAGGAACUGCAAGCGGAGAUCCGCCCUUUGCUGACGCAGACCUCCUUCCAGGGAAUCAUGUACUAUAAAGCCGUAGAUCUCGCCAACGGCGUCUUCGCCAAAUGGCGCAUCUCCGAGCGAACCUCAGGGAGAAUCGCCCUGGGAAACUUCACCAACUCGAAGCAAAUCGACAUCGCCUCCAUCGACUUCUCUAUGAAGUCAUACCGAGUGGAGCCCAAUCCGCGCGUGCAGCUCCUCGUCAACGAGACCCAGCAACUCGCUCAGGCGCGCGACAUCGCCCGCUCAAUCCGGGGCACCGUCUGGGACGAGGAAGGGCUAGUGUACAUCCCGGAGCCCACCGCAAUCCACGCCCCCUCGACGCUCCCCCUGAUCAAGGUGGGCGACUACGCCAUCAGCGUCGAAGUGCACCCGCCCAACGCGACGGUCGAGGCCAUACCCGGCGACGGGGUCAAGGCCCUGUACGGCUCGCUGGCCGACCAGAAACAAAAGACCUGGAGACCUAUCGGCGGCCCGGCCUUUCCCGCCAAGCAGUCCAUCGCGGUGGGGAGCACCGAGGACGAGGAGCCCGACCAGGGCCCCGAGGCCGAAGCCGGCGACUGGACGGUGCUGCUCGAGAAGGUCGAGCUCACCACCGACGCCACCCAGGGCGCGGUCUUCUUGCGUCUGCACCGCGAGACGCACGACGGGCCCUGGCCCUGCGUGGACAAGGUCCCCGUGGAGGUGACCUUCAAGACCGUGAGCCCGCACCUCACCCUGCCGGAUUUGGCCUUUCGUCCGGUCCAGGAGCUGUGGUGGGGAGGCGACGCCUACGCUGGAGUCAAUUACCAUAAUCUUCGGGGCUUCAAUUUUCAGUUCGCCGACGAUAAGGGUCCUAUUGCACAUUUGCAGUUCUGGGCGGCUGGAACCAAAACAAACAGCCACUUCCACAACCACAGCAACGACAUCCUCCGAGAACUAGGCAUUUGUCUCUCCAACGGCACCGAGGAAGGGGGCGUCUGGGUGCCCUGCGCACCGGACAGCAAACGGUCCGCGGCGGAGCUGAACAUGCUGCAGGCCAACCAUCCCGAAAAGUUCACGCGACUUGCCCUCAAAGAGCUGGAAGAGCAUGGCCGCGUGUGGGAGGUGGAUGAGGACGGCCAGGCGAGCCGUGGCUGGCAGAACGUCGUCGUGUAUCCGUGGCAUACUUGGCGCGGGGGCAAAGGCGAGAACAUGGAUGUGUGGAUGACGGUGGAGUUCGAUGCGGAUUUAGAUCUGGGGAAGUCGUCGACUGGUGGUGUGAGGGUUGCGAUGCGGUGA